UUUCUGUUCGAUGUCCCUUCCCUGCAAAGUGUAGUGACAGACAGAAUCAAUCGACAGAGAGAGAGAGAGAGAGAGAGAGAGAGGAACAGGAAAAAAGAAGGAUAAAUAAAAGAAAGGAACAAAUUACAAGUAAAAACAGGGCACCCCUUUUCUCUCUCUAGCCCCCUCUCUCUCUCUCACACACUCUCUCUCACACACACACACUAUCUUCCUCAAAUUUUGUUCCAAAAAAGAGAUCACUUGGAAUUGAUUCAGGGUGCUGAAUUCUGAGCACGUAAAGGGCUUCUGGGUCUCUUCAUCGUGGCUCGUUCUUUGUGUUUUGCAUAUGGGUUUUUGAUGAUAAAACUGUUUGUUCGGUGAGAGAGAAGAGAAAUUUCAAGAAAAUGUCUGUGAAGAGCAGAGGAGACCAAUCUUCAAGAAGUGUUGUAUCUAAAAAAUGGACCAUUUUGUUCUGUAUAGCUAGUUUCUGUGUUGGCAUGCUCUUCACCAACAGAAUGUGGGCAUUGCCUGAGUCCAGAAGUAUCCCAAGGACAACUGCAGUGGAAGCUGAAAAACUAAAGUUGGUUUCGGAGGGUUGUGUUCCAAAAGCUUUGGACUGGAAGGUUGUAAAGCGUGAAUCUAAGGACAUUGUGGGGGAAGUUUCUAAGACUCAUCAUGCUAUACAAACACUGGAUAAAACCAUUUCAAAUUUAGAGAUGGAAUUAGCUGCUGCAAGGGCCGCGCAGGAAUCUAUUCUCAGUGGCUCUCCUCUAUCAGAAGACUCGAAGACUGACUUAUCCUCUAAAAGAAAAUAUUUUAUGGUUGUUGGAAUUAAUACUGCUUUUAGCAGCCGGAAAAGAAGAGAUUCAGUUCGGACUACAUGGAUGUUACAAGGUGAAAAAAGAAAGAAGCUGGAGGAAGAGAAGGGUGUCAUUAUUCGCUUUGUCAUUGGUCAUAGUCACACGGUUGGAGGCAUACUGGACAGAGCCAUUGAAGCAGAGGACAAAAAACAUGGAGAUUUAUUGAGGCUGGAUCAUGUUGAGGGCUACCUUGAACUGUCUGCGAAGACAAAGUCAUAUUUUGCUACUGCUGUUGCUUUAUGGGAUGCAGAUUUUUAUGUGAAAGUUGAUGAUGAUGUUCAUGUAAAUAUAGCAACACUAGGAGAAACUUUGGCAAGAUACAGGAAAAAGCCACGGGUGUAUAUCGGAUGUAUGAAAUCUGGUCCUGUCCUUGCUCAGAAGGGAGUGAGGUACCAUGAACCUGAAUAUUGGAAAUUCGGGGAGGCAGGAAACAGGUAUUUUAGACAUGCUACAGGACAACUAUAUGCCAUUUCAAAAGAUUUGGCUACUUACAUCUCGAUAAACCAGCAUGUACUACACAAGUAUGCUAAUGAGGAUGUUUCGUUGGGAUCUUGGUUCAUUGGACUUGAUGUGCAGCAUAUAGAUGACAGGAGACUAUGUUGUGGAACCCCACCUGAUUGUGAGUGGAAGGCUCAGGCAGGCAACAUCUGUGUUGCUUCAUUUGAUUGGAGCUGCAGUGGGAUAUGCCGGUCCGUUGAGAGGAUUAAGGAAGUCCAUCGCCGGUGUGGGGAGGCUGAGAAUGCUGUGUGGACUGCUGCCUUUUGAGGAUCAAAACCCAACCUGUCAAUUCUUCUUCCAAACUCAUGAAGGAGGUCAUACGAGUUUUUCUGUUUUUACACCUAGUAUAGAAAAUUAGAUAUGAUUUUACACGGUUGGAUCCAAGGAGAGCGAGAGAGAGAGGCCUUGCCAUGCAAACCUUCUCCAUUUUAGUAGAGAAGAGUGGGCUGACCGCCAAAGCAGUCAGAAAAGCAAGCAUGAGGCUCUCACUAUUCGUUCUUUUACAGCUUGGAGAGCCCUUUUGUAUAAGUCACACUUCUGUUGCUACAGACAUCAUAAUCAAUACAAAUUUUCUGGUGGCUUUUCCUGCCCUUCUCUUCAAAA